AUGAGACUCAACUACAUCUUCAACUACAGCUUUUUCUCCAACGCAACAGAAUCAUACUUCACUUACUCGAUGUAUGACCCUAGGAACAUCUCACGACUCGUCAUGGACGUUUCGGGACAGGUUAAGCAGUUAUCUUGGUUAAAUAACAACGACCAGUGGAACUUGUUUUGGUCUCAGCCUCGACAACAAUGUCAAGUCUACGCAUACUGUGGCUCCUUUGGGAUUUGCAAUGACAAAUCUCAGCCUUUUUGCCAAUGCCUUCAUGGGUUUAGGCCCGACUCACAAAAAGAUUGGGACUUGAUGGAUUAUUCGGCAGGCUGUGUUGGAAAGACUGAGCUACAAUGCUCUCGUGGAGUCAUUAACCAGUUUAUGCCUCUUACCAACGUGAAACUACCUGACAAUUUUGAGGGAACUGUUCUUGUAUGGCUUACGCACAUGAUGAAAGCUCGAAUCGAUGCUUGA